CAUCUCUCUCUCCCCCGUGCCCUGCUGCGGAGGUUGUCGAUUGUCUCGGUGGACUGACAUGGCCCUGUGUUAAGCCUCUCAUCGCCGUUCUUCUUUGUCUCUCACUCUCCCCUCUUUCCUACCCGUCUACUUCUCACCAUCACCACUCCCAACAAACGGACACGUCUCCAGUUGCCUGCUUAUCGAUUAGAUCGACUCCGUGGAUAUCACGUCGCACAUUCAUUCGGAAUCCGGCUCUCGGCCCUGUACAUUACGUGUAUCGUGAUCGACUGUCCCUUUUGUCUAUCUGCCGCCCUUCUCCCUCCUCCUCCUCCACCAGACGCUCCCCUCACCCGGCACAAUGACCGGCCCGUCCAUCCAAGACCGCACCGGCGAGUUCCACGCCAUUCUGGGCCAGGCCCAGAAGCGCAUGGCCUCGAACAAGGUCGGCUCCCAGCGUCAAUCUCUUUUGUCCGAUGCACAGCGGAAAGAAGCGAACGGUCCCGUCAACGGACAACCGGGCAAGCGACGGUCGGAGUUUGCCCGGCGAGCUGUCGAGAUCGGCCGCGGCAUCACCGCGACGACGGCUAAGUUGAGGAGACUGGCCGAGUUGGCGAAACGGAAGACGCUUUUCGAUGAUAAACCGCACGAAAUCUCCCAGUUGACGUUCGUCAUCAAGCAGGACCUCGCGUCCUUGAACCAGCAAAUCGCCUCAUUGCAGGCGCUCACCCUUUCCCAACACCCCAAGAACACCCGGUCCAAGGCGGACCAGGAGGGCGAGCACAAUGACAAUGUCGUGGUCAUGCUGCAAGGGAAACUGGCGGACGUGGGGGCAAACUUCAAAGAUGUCCUCGAGGUCCGCACGAAGAACAUCCAAGCGUCGCGAUCGCGGACGGAAAACUUCGUCUCGUCGGUGUCGUCAAAGUCGCAUACCGCUCUGGACUCGCAGCGUUCCGACUCCCCGCUGUACAACUCGGGCCGGAGAACGCCCCAGCCGGGCGGCUCCUCGGACCUGCUCACCCUCGAACCCUCAAACCCAUCGCCUCUCGGGCGCCCGUCCAUACAAUCAGACCAGCAGUUACUGGUUAUGGAGGAAGCCCAGACCAGCAACGCAUACAUCCAGGGACGAGGCGAGGCGAUUGAUGCGAUCGAACGGACCAUCAACGAACUAGGCGGCAUCUUCGGCCAGUUGGCCCAGAUGGUCAGCGAACAGUCCGAGAUGAUCCAGCGGAUAGACGCCAACACGGAGGACGUGGUAGACAACGUGCAAGGCGCACAGCGCGAGCUACUGAAGUACUGGACGCGGGUAUCCGGAAACCGCUGGCUCCUCGCCAAGAUGUUUGGCGUUUUAAUGGUGAGCCCCCAACCCAACCCAUUAUAA